GACACUUACGAUGCCUGUCUGACAUUAUCCCCCGCACGACGAAGUGUCCCGCCAUAACCUCGCAACGAGCGUAAGUUUUUUGCGAAGUUUUUUGCUUAUUCUUAAUGAGUUUUUUUCAUGCGUUUUGGUUGAGUUGAAAGAACUGGGCUUUUUGGAAGACUAGAGGCGAGUUUGUGAGAUUUGUUCCUCCGCUUGGCAGUGCAGGUGGUUGUUUCGUUGAUUAUUCGCUGCUCACAUUCUUCUGAAACUGUAAAAAUCUUCCUCGAUUGAUUUCACUGAGAAUGGCGUGGCUUGGAAAUAUUGCUAACACCGUACUUCAGAAAUUCUUACCUGACGUACCUGGAAAUCACGUGCAAGAGGUAAGGACAAAUAACUAUCACAAGAGACACAUCCAUUGUCGAGAGGAUGGAAUUGUCUUGUACACUCCUGAAAACGUGGAAAAGGAGAAGUACGAUAUUGUUUUGCACAGGCCAUGCACUGAAACCUUGCAUCAAGGCUAUAGUCUGUUUCGAUCCGAUAAUCUAGAAGAGGCAGAAUCUAGAUUUAUUAUUUACAAAGACAGAGUCCCAGUUCUCAUGAAAAUAUGUCGUGAGAUAGGGAGUGUUAACAGAAUACAAAAGCUAUGCGAUACAUUAGUAGAGCAUCCAACAUGGAAUUUGGCUCAUAUUUCAGCUCAUCUAUUGUUAUACGAUGCUUUCAACCAUGAUGUUGUAAAUAGUUUAUUAAAUAGUAGUGACGAAGAAACUGGAGCGUCUCCACUUCAAGUUGCUAUACAAACCAACAAUUUACGAAUAGUACAAAUGUUAAUCUCAGCAAAGAGCUCAUUGGAGCAUCUAGAUUUUAAAUUAAAUACAGUUUACCAUUAUGCAGCCAAUUCAACAAAAGACAUCAUUUUAGCCUUAGGUUCUGAUCUUCCAAAUACCUUAAACAGUAGAAACUCGGAUGGCUAUACACCUAUGCAUAUCGCUUGCCUCAACGAUAAACCUGAAUAUGUUAAAGCACUUUUGCUUAUUGGAGCAGAUGUCAAUAUUCCUGCAUCUGAAGGUGUAUCAGCAACAACUCCAGGGUUCAUUGGCGACUUUCUCCACAAUCAACCCAACAGUUUAAAGACGGACGAUAUGAAAUUUGGUGGAACACCCCUGCACUGGUCUUGCAGCAGAGAAGUCAUGAAUGCGCUGAUAGAAAAAAAUUGUAACAUUGAUGCUCUGAAUUUCGAAGGUAGAACAGCCCUUCACAUCAUGGUAAUCAGAAAAAGACUCGAGUGCGUGGCAGCACUCCUGAGCCACAUGGCCAACAUCAACAUAGUCGACAAAGAAGGAAAUUCACCGUUACAUUUGGCAGUAACUCAAUCAACGCCUACGAUAGUACAGCUGUUGAUAGCUUUUGGUGCGGAAAUAAACGCAAAGAACUGGAAGUCCCAGAGUCCCCGUCAUCUCGUCAACAUAGACACCAACGACGGUCAGAAGAUACUGUACAUCUUGCACGCAGUCGGUGCCGAGCGCUGUCCGACCGACAUGAAGGGUUGCAGUAUUGGCUGCAAGCACAACGAGAAUUUUGACGGCGUUGCACCGCCUGAGCCACCUACAGUGGCGCCUCGGACCGUCCUCGAUCAGAUGCUCUACGUAUCGAGUAUGGAAAAGAUGGCCACUAAGAAGCGCAAGCGCACGAAAGGUGGACGGUUGCUAUGUCUGGACGGAGGUGGCAUCAGAGGCUUAGUUCUCGUGCAAACUCUACUGGAGGUCGAAAGCGUGCUGCAGAAGCCUAUAUCGAGCUGUUUUGAUUGGAUUUCUGGUACUUCCACUGGAGGAAUUUUGGCACUUGGCAUAGCCACAGGAAAGAAUUUAAAGGAGUGCCAGGCUCUCUACUUCCGUAUAAAAGAUAAUGCAUUCGUGGGAAGGCGACCGUACGACAGUGAGCCUUUGGAAAAUGCAUUGAAGGAAACGUUAGGCGAGGUGACGGUGAUGGCGGACAUUCAAAACCCUAAGCUGAUGAUCACGGGUGUUCUAGCUGAUCGAAAGCCCGUAGAUCUGCAUUUGUUCCGGAAUUACGAUUCCCCGAGCAAGAUUCUAAACGUUCCAGUCAGCGAUAAAUUUAAGGCGACUCUUGAACCGGAGGAGCAGUUGCUGUGGAAAGCAGCAAGAGCGACUGGAGCUGCGCCUUCCUACUUCCGAGCUUUCGGGCGAUUUCUCGAUGGAGGCCUCAUUGCCAACAAUCCCACUCUCGAUGCCAUGACCGAGAUACACGAGUAUAAUCUUGCCUUAGAAGCUGUCGAUCGUUCCAACGAAGUUGUGCCCCUGUCGUUGGUCGUUUCGGUGGGCACUGGAUUAAUACCUAUGUCGCCGCUGCAGAAUGUUGAUGUGUACCGUCCUGGGGGCAUUUUUGAUACUGCUAAAUUAGCUAUGGGUAUAUCGACGUUGGCGACACUGGUGGUGGAUCAGGCGACAGCGAGUGACGGCCGCGUGGUGGACCGAGCGCGUACCUGGUGCUCGAUGAUCGGCGUACCAUACUACAGAUUAAAUCCGCAGCUAUCUGCCGAGGUACCGAUGGACGAGAAGAGUGACACUGUUCUAGCUGAGAUGAUGUGGACUGCCAAGGCGUUCAUGCAUGCCAACAGGGAUCAGAUCAAAGAGCUUGCAGCUGUCCUCAGCUCUGUUUCCGAUGAUUAGAUGGUAAAUGCAGUGCAAGGAAGUCAUAGAAGGGAUCAAAGAAGAGUCGAACGACGUUCGUCAAGCAAUAGUUGCUUCGUGAUUUUAUCCCAGGUGCUUUAGGUUUGAUGUUACCAAUAUUAUGUACUUUUAAAUUUAUAUACUAGCUAAUAUAUUGAAUCAAGGCCUUGGCAUACGUAUUAAAUGUGCAGCUAUUAUAUUUCCAAAUAUUUGAUAAGAAAAUGUUUACGAUCAAUGGUACGUAUCUUUAUGAUCGCUAACAAAGUCUAACGAUGUUAAUGUUCAAAUCAAUAAAAUCAAAAGCAAUCCUUUCGGGCACAAGGAACCAUGAUAAAAUACAUAGUUACUUCGUUCUUGUAUUUGUGAAAUAUUAUGAACAAAAGGUAUAAAGAAGUCGCGGUUUUUUGAAUUUUUUUCCUCAUUCUACGAUAGAGUAUCAUUUGUUCAUAGAAUCAUAAUGAAUGGAAAUGAAACAUAGGAGGAUUUGUGAUAUUUUUCUUUUUUUAGUUCUUAAUGACAUAUUAGUGACAACCUGCAGAAACGUUAUAUAAUGUAUUAUUAACUGUUAAUUUUUGUAAAUCAAUUUUUCAAAUUGAGUAUUUUUCUUAUGAAACAUAUGUCUGCUUUAAUUGUUGAUAUUUUAAUAAUUCUGUAGGUUACUCUAUUAUUUAUGCCGCUUGAACUUAUGGUAUUAUGUAAUGCUGUAGUACAAUUAUUUGUAUGAAAAAAUUGAAAAGCGGCAUGAAUAAUGUAUCAGCUGGACAUGGCAUUCCUAUUUACGUGAUAAAACUUUAUCAAGUAAACGCACAUGGUUCAUCUGAAGAUAGACAAAGAUUAAUACUCAACUAUUGUACAUAGAACGUAGACUAAUUCUGAUUUUAAUCGCCUUUAUAUUCAACAUAACUAAUCCCAUUCUCAUAUUGUCAUCGACACGUCAAUAGUUUUCGCCAAUAAAAUACAAAUAAUGUACAUAAAUAAAUUAUUUUAUUCGGUAGCUUUAUUAUGCUAAUUGUAAAUCACAGAUAGAUAAUAGACGUUGGUUAAUAAAAAUUUGAAUUUUUGAAUCUAAGUAUA